AUACAUUAAGACUCCAACACUGUUACCUUUGUCUUCAACAAUAAGCUAACAACAACAGAAAGAAAAGAACAAUCGUUUACUCUGGUCAACCUCCGUUCCUUCACCGCCGUCUCCAAUGGCCAAACCGCCAUUCCUCACCGUCAUCUCACUCUUCAUCCUCCUCUUCCAAUUCUCCACCGCGGAGAUCAAAACCCUCACCAUAACCUCUGACACCCGCCCAAUGAUCCUCUUCGAGAAAUUCGGCUUUACCCACACCGGCCACGUCUCCAUCGCCGUCUCCUCCGUCUCUGUAGUGGCACCUUCCCAACCCGAUCCGUCGCGCUUAGGCUUCUUCCUCCUAAACGAAGAGUCACUCCUCCAAGUCCUAAUAGAGAUCCAGCAAAACCCUAGCUUCUGCGUCCUCGAUUCCCGCUACAUCACUCGCCUCUUCACCUUCCGCGGCCUCUCUCCCCCUCCCACCGCCUCCUUCACCCAAACCUACAACGUCACCUUCCCCAACGAAUACAGCCUCUUCUUCGCCAACUGCGCCCCCGAAAGCUCCGUCUCCAUGGCCGUUCGCACCGAGCUCUACAACCUUGACCCUGACCGUUCCCGGGACUACCUCUCCGCCGGUCAAACUCAACUUCCUUCCCUCUUCUUUCUCUUCUCCCUCGCUUACUUCGCCUUCCUCGCCUUCUGGCUCUACCUCUGUCACUCCAACAAACGCUCCCUUCACCGGAUCCACCUCUUGAUGGCCUCGCUCCUCCUCAUGAAGGCUCUUAACCUCAUCUGCGCCGCUGAGGACAAACACUUCGUUAAAGUCACCGGCACUCCCCAUGGUUGGGACGUUCUCUUCUACAUCUUCCAGUUCAUUCGCGUAGUUUUGCUCUUCACCGUCAUCGUUUUGGUCGGAACCGGCUGGUCAUUUCUUAAACCCUUUUUGCAAGAGAGGGAGAAGAAGGUGCUUAUGAUUGUUAUUCCCCUUCAGGUUCUCGCCAAUGUCGCUUCCAUUGUAAUUGGCGAAACUGGACCCUUCAUCAAGGAUUGGGUUACUUGGAAUCAGGUUUUCCUGCUCGUUGAUAUUAUCUGUUGCUGUGCGAUUAUUUUCCCCAUUGUUUGGUCCAUAAGGUCGCUUAGGGAAACCUCUAAGACCGAUGGGAAGGCUGCGAGGAACUUGGCCAAGUUGACACUGUUUAGGCAGUUUUACAUUGUUGUGAUUGGUUACUUGUAUUUCACGCGGAUUGUGGUUUUUGCUCUGAAAACCAUUGCUGCGUACAAGUAUCAGUGGGUGAGUAAUCUUGCUGAGGAGACUGCGAGUCUUGCGUUUUAUAUUGUUAUGUUCUAUAUGUUUAGGCCUGUGGAGAGGAAUGAGUACUUUGUUCUCGAUGAGGAGGAAGAAGAGGCUGCGGAGAUUGCUCUCAGGGAUGAAGAAUUUGAGCUUUGAGACUAUCAGUGCAAUAUGGUUUCGUUUUUGGUUGACUUGGGAGAAUCGAUACAUAGAGCAAGGGAAGUACGCAAUUGAACAGAGUACUUUUGAAUGGCUUGCCAAGUGCUUUGCAUGGCUCCACUUUCCUUUUAUUAAAAGGGUACCAUGAAGCAUAGCAAGGCUUGACUGCUAGGCAAGUGGACUGUGGAGGGUUUUGUGGUUAAUUAUAUCAUAAAACUAUUUGCAUGUUAAAUGUAUGUAUUUUCGUUUUAUUUGAUCGUGGUUUAUACUUAUUCAUUUUUAUGAAAGAUAAAUGCUGGUGCUUUUACCACUUCAAAUGCAAAGAGUCGUGUAAAAUGGAUGGUUUAUGAAUAGUUCACAUUUGAUACCUCAAUUUAGAACUAGUCAUUUUAUGCUUGUUCCUAUCUUGUGAACUUUACCUUGUGGCGGGAAAAGAGCUGGACUGGAAUUU